GUGAAUGUGAACUCAACUAUCUAUUUACUGCACUGCACUUGUACUAUUAUACCACAAUGCUUCAUUCCCCACCUAGUACCUAUGGAUUAAUUAUGAUGUGCAAAACCAAGAUGACAUUUGUAGCAACAUUAGCGGUGGUGACGUUUUAUAUUGCUGCACCAGUUAUUGGUCAGGUGGAGUACAUUAAUUCAGAUUUGAAUUCUGCCGGCCGUAACUUUUCUUGUUCUAAUGAAGUUGUCACAUAUACUUGCAGAGGGCAAGGAGGCACUCUCUUUGUAAAUUCUCCACCAUUGUUUAAUCAUCCUUUCGGCAGUACCGGUCUUGUUCCAAACGCUCAAGUAUUCCCCUCUGCUCCAAAUGUUGUUCUUAAUCUUAUAAACAGAUUUAUGAACUCGUCGGGUACAUAUUAUGAUGUUAGUCUUCAAAUCGAAGUAUUGAGUGAUGUGCGGAUUAAUGUUUCAUGUUCUACGGAUGUUCCUGGCCCUCUGAAUGAUUUUGUAUUACCAUUGAUCCACGAGUCACGAGUGGAACCACCAUCCGAUGUGAGGAGUUUUUACACUGUUAAGUGUACUGAGCUUAUAGCAAGUCGAUCAGUUCGUGUCUGGUGGACCCCACCUGCGAACUCCCAAUUUGACAUUGAUUAUUAUCUUGUAAGAGUUUACAGGAACGGAGUGUUGUACACAACUAGAACGUCUACUAACAAUAGUCUGAAUGUUGGCAUUCCAUUUGGAGCAAUAACUGCUGAUGUUAGAAGUGUUUCCACUUGCGGCACUAUCAGUGCUGCAGGAGCAUCAACAGACGAAUCAGUUAAUGAAGGAUGUCCAGAGUUUUAUUUUGGUUUUUUGGUUCCAACACUAAUCGGUUUUCUCCUCAUCGUCACUGUUAUCAUACUGGUUAUCUUUCUUGUGAUAGCACAGAAGAGGAUAUCACACUUGCAAGUAAAUGAUGAAAAGGGCGAAGCUCUUGAAACACAUCGACAGUCAUCGCAAUAAGAUUGUAAGAAGAAUCUUUCAAGUCUGCAAGACUUAGUACUCUGUUUAAGUAUAACGGACUGUAGAGAGACUAAUGUAUUAUAAUUAUAGGUGCUGUGUUAAUGAUCUUUAUCUAUUAUGCAGUGGAAAAAGACAGUUUUGCGUAAUA